AUGGCUGAUCCACCUAUGCCUGACCUGUCACAUUUAAGUGCUGAGGAAAGAGCUAUUAUUGAACAAGUUUUUCAAAGACAAAAAGAAGAAGAGGAGAAAGAAGUACAAAUUUCACAAAAAGCCAAUCAAGAGUUAGUUGAAAUAGAAAGACAAAUACAAGAACGUAAAGAAACAGCCCACCGUCUCCUGGGAACACAGGAUGAUGCAAUUUGUCAGAUAUGUCAAAAAACUAAAUUUGCCGAUGGUAUUGGUCAUAAAUGUUUCUAUUGCCAAUUACGAUCCUGUGCCAGGUGUGGUGGUAGAACACAAUCCAAAAAUAAACCUAUUUGGGCAUGUAGUCUUUGCCAGAAAAGGCAAAGUAUAUUAGCUAAGACUGGUAAAUGGUUUCAACCUGAUGAUGUUACUGAUGUUGAAAGGAAACCUAGUGAUAUAAAUAUAGGAUUAGGAGGAAAUACAUCAUUAGUUAAAAAUACUAAUACAACUACUACAUCUAAUAUUAACCAAGGAAAAGGUAAUGGAAAUACAGUUAAAGAUAAUACAAAUGUUGAAAUGGAUAAUAAUCAGGGAAAUGUUAAUGUUAUAUCUAAAGAAAAUAAUGAACAAAAUAUUGAUAGUACAAAUACUAGAAAUCAAUUACCACAUCAAAAAAUAUCUAUACAACGACAACCAACUGUUGAAAUUAUGGGAAAUAAUUUAAGACCAUCAACAAGUAUGAAUCAAGGAAUGCCCCAACAACAAAUUCAUCCAGAACAAAUGAUAGGAAAUCAAUUACAACAUCAACAAUUAAAUACAGGAGGACAUAUACCAAGACAACAUCCACCACAAAAUAAAAUGCAAAUGACAUCUUCCUCUAGUCAGAUUAUGGGACCUCAACAAAAAUAUCAUCCUCAACAAUCAAAUAAUCCUCCUUCUCAACAACAACAAUCUCAAGCAUCAAUUCAACAACAACCACAACAAACAUCUCAAUCUACAGCUACUUCCUUAUUUGGUAAAAUUAUAGGGGGUGUAGCAAGUGGUGUUACGAGUGCCAUCUCAUCAACAGCACAUUCUACAAUUCUUCCAACGACAACUAUUACUAAUAAUACUACAACAAUAAAAGGAACUACUUCACAGAUAUCCUCUUCCCCUUCUCAAAAUUAUCCAUCUACAACUGGUAUACAAUCUAUGGGUGGAGGACAACAAUCUCAAUAUCAACAACCUCCUGGUAUAAAUACUAUUUAUCAAGAUAAAAUAAAUUAUGAUAAUAAAAAUUUAAAUCAACAAUAUAAAUAUAAUAUUUCAAAUAAUGGACGUGGAAAUGAUACAUAUGAAUAUCAUGAUAAUAAUACAAUACAAUAUAAUAAUGAUACAAAUUUAUUAUAUCAAAAUCAGGAAACAAAUAAUUUUAUAGAAUCACAACAACCACCAGUUAUACAAACAUCAGAUUAUCAUAAUCAAAUAUUACAACAAAAUUUAACACGUAAAGGAAGUAAAAAAUCUAGAAAUCUUCAAAGACAAUAUCAAUCAUUAUCAUCAAGUGAUGAGGAACAAUUUGAUAUUAGGACAACAACAAAUGACAAUACAAUUGGAUCCUCAUUACCAGGUAGAUCACCAAGUUAUCGUAAUAAACAUUCCAAAAGUAAUUUUUUAUCUAAAACACCAAAUAAUAUUUUAUCAACAGACAUCUCAACUGAAAAUGACAUUCUUCGUUAUAUUUAUGGUUCUGAUACAGAAACAGCACCAAUAAAUACAAAAAGAAGAAAAUCAUACAAAAUUUUUGGUCAAGGUAUGAAUAGUUUAAGUUUUGAUGAUGAUUCAUUAUAUAAUGAUGGUAAUUCAUUUAAAUCAAAUAAUAUAUUUAGAAGAAGGCGUAGUAAUAGUAUAAGAUCAGAUAAAGGAUCAUUUCCAUUAUCGUCAAAUUUUCUUCAAUCACUCUCAUCACCAUUAGGAUAUGAUAAUAAAAAUGAUUUAGCUGAUAAAAUUAAAAGAUAUCUUAAUAGUCCUGUUACCUGGACACCAACAGCUGACAAAAAAAGACUUAUAGGACAUAUGGUAUUAAAUAAAAAUGAUAUUAUUAAUAAUAAUACAUCACCAUAUCUAACAACAAAACCAUUUUAUGGUGAUUUAGGUUUAAAAGUUAUUGGUGGUCAUAAAACACCAAUUGGAAGAUUAGGAGCAUUUAUAACAAAAAUAAAACCUGGUUCAGUGGCUGAUGUCAUAGGACAUUUAAGACCAGGUGAUGAAGUUCUUGAAUGGAAUGGUAUUUGCCUCCAAAAUAUGAUACAUGAACAGGUCUAUGAUAUUAUUAAUCAAUCAAAGAAUGAUCAAUCAAUUGAAUUGAUAGUUUCAAGAGAUUUAAUUAAUAAUCCAUUUAAUUAUAUAAAUAAUUUUGGUAAUAAUAGUAUUAGUCAACUAGAUAUAAAUAAUUUUGGUGGAAAUAAUUUUUCAGGAGAAAUUAAAAGACCAAUGUCUGCAAGGGGGUUUCUUUAUAAUAAUACAGGUAAAUACUCUCCAGAACCUUAUGGUGGUAGUAGUAAUUUCAUCACUUCACAAGGAAGAAAUAAUAUGUAUAUUCAAGAUGGAGGUAAUUUAAGGCAUUCUCAAUCAUUAUUAUCUUCAUCAAAUUAUCAUUUUAAUAAAACUGGAACUCUUGGUAGUGGAGGACAAUAUCAAAAUUCUUUUUCUCCAUCAGGUUCCGUUAAUGGUAUUUUACCACAACAAUUCAUUCAAACAAAUCCACAAGAUAUUCAAAUGUAUAGUAGUAAUAAUCCUAUGCUAUUAUCACCUUAUCAUCAACACCAUCCACAACAACAAUCACCUACAAAUGUUGGAGUUAAUGAAAUUACUGGAAGAAUAGAAAUAUCAUUAUUAUAUUCAUCAUUAGAUAAACAAUUAAUUGUAACAAUUCAUCGUGCUCUUGACUUGACACCCCGAGUAACAGGUGGAAGUCGUAAUCCAUAUGUUAAAUUAUUUCUCCUUCCGGAUCGUUCAGAGAAGUCACGUCGACAAACAGUUGUCUUGUCUGAUUCAAUGAUACCAGUAUGGAAUGAGACAUUUUAUUAUCAAAAUAUAACUGAAGAUAUGUUAUUUGGAGAUCAAAAACGUGUUCUUGAGGUAACAUUAUGGGAUUAUGAUAAGUAUGAUGCUAAUAUGUUUUUGGGUGAAGUUUUAAUUGAUUUUAAUACUGUACCCCUUAAUAAUGAGAUAUGUUUAUAUAAUUUACUUGAUAUGGAUGAUGAACAUCCAAUAAGAAUGUAUUUAAGGCAUCGUAAAGGUUCAUAUACUAAUCCAUUAUCAACAUCUUCAAAAAUUCAACCACCACGUCCACAUUCUGAAAUGGCAUAUUAUCCAUCUUCGGGUCUUCCACCACCAGGUAAUAGUGGAUCUAUAUAUCAUAAUUAUCAUUAUAAUCAACCAAAUAAUAUAAAUUCAAUAUUUUAUGACUAUCCAACUGGAACAUUAGAUAUGAAUAAAAGAAGUAGAAAUCCUAUAUCAAUAAAUAAUAGAAAUAGUAAUAUAAGUAGAAGUCGAACAUAUGAUAGAUCAGCAUAUAAUAAUAUUAUAGAUAAAAAUAAAAGAAAUUAUUAUCCUAAUAAUAUUGAUGAUUUAAUGAUAAGAGAUCAAGGUGGAGGAGAUUAUCCUAUACCUGAUUAUGAUUAUACACCACCACCAGGUGAUAAAAUUAAUAAUGGUUAUUUAUCUGAUACAGGGGGACAAAUGUAUAGAAAUUCUAGUGGAAGAAGUAUACCAUUAUAUGAUAAUACUGGUAAUGAAAGAACAUAUUCACCAAAAAAUCAAAAUUAUUAUGAUAAUAGAUAUGGUAAAAGACAGGGUGGAUAUAGAAAUUUACCUAAUCCUGAUGAUGUACCAUCAUUACAACAACAACAACAACAAUCUUUAACAUCAAUACAUAACAGUAAUAAUGAUCAACAACAAACAUAUUUUAAUGAAUCAGGUACAUCAUCAUAUCCACCUUAUCAACAACAUGAUGGAAGAGAUCAACAAAAACAAUAUUAUGGUAAUCAAUGUAAUGAUAUAGGAUAUAAUAAUAGAAAUAAAAAUGAUUUUAUUUAUGAUACAAGAACACCACAAGGAAGAUUAAGAUAUGAAGCAACAAUGAUGCAAGAAGGUGGUGGUUAUGGUAGUGAUAAUUCAGAAUCAUUAUCAAUUAAUUCAAUACAAUCAUUACAAAAUAAUACCACAACAACAGUUAUAAGAAGAAGUAAUCAAGGUAUUGAGGAAUAUGAUGGUGGUAGUGGUAUUACUGUUAUAAGACAUGAACCAAUUGAAGAGGCUGAUUAUGGUAUGAUGGGUAAAGAUGAAGGUAAUAUUAGAAGAAGAGAUAAUACAACUAAUAAUAAAAAUCAAUCAACAGGUAAUGGUGUCCUCCCAUCUGGUGGGAGUGGACAAAUAUCAUCAGGGACAACCUCAGGACAAGGUAAAAUUGAUCAAAAUUUAAAAGAUAGAAAAAAAAGUAUUAUGACAAGAUUAAUACCAGGAAGAUCACAACCAUCUGAUUGUCCUAAAAGAACAGGUUUUGCUAGAUCAGAAGAAGUUGGUGUACCAGAUAAUUUAACAGUUAAUGGUUCUGGUGAUAGAUUACAGGCACCUUUUUUAAAACAAGCAUCAAAAGAUAGUACUGAUAGUUCACAUUCUGAAAAUAUUAUGCCACUCCUUCCUGAUGGACCAUUAGGACAUUUUAUUGAAAAUCUUGGUCCAGGACAAGUUGUUGGAAGGCAAGUAUUAGCUUCACCAGUAUUAGGUGAAAUAAAUAUAGCUAUAUCAUUAGUUGUUAAUCGAUCAGGAACUGGUCAUGCAAUAGAUAUUGAAAUAAUAAGAGCAAAAAAUUUAGUUACAAAACCAGGUAGUAAAACACCCCCAUCACCAUAUGUUAAAGUUUACCUAUUAGAAGGUAAAAAUUGUAUAGCUAAAGCUAAAACAUCUUUAAGUAACAGGAAAACAGUAAAUCCCUUAUUUCAACAACAUUUAAUAUUUAAUGAAAAUUAUAAAAAGAAAAUGAUACAAGUUAGUGUAUUAGGUGAUUAUGGAAGAAUGGAAAGAAAAAGUUUUAUGGGAAUAGCAUUAAUAAGACUUGAUGAUCUUAAUUUAGAAAAUAAUUUUAGGGCAACUGGACAACCUGUUGUUGGAUGGUAUAAACUUUUUCAUAAUAAUAGUCUUGCUGGGACGGGACCCAUUAGAAAAGAUAGUGAAAAUAGUUUGAUGGGAUAA